GCAGCGGUCGCUACUCUCCUAUACAUUGAUAGAUGAUGUUCAUUAGACGUGCUUUUGGUAAUUAGGCAGGUCAUAUCAAGUUGUUACAGUUUCAGCAAUCAAGUACAGACUUCAUGGCCGACUACGAAACAAAAGGUAGGACGCUGUGAGUGCGAGGAAGAGUAAGGUGUAUAAACAGCGAGUUGAGUGUGGAAAUGGAUCGAAGUGGCUUGCUGGUCCUCUUAAAGGCAGACAAAAUACAGGUGAUGGUUGCUUGUGCAAGUGAACCUUUCAUUCAAAAAGCACCGGCGAGCAUCAAGGAGCGAACAAUAAGGAUGUUCAAGAACACUUUCCAGUCCGGCUUUCUGUCGAUAUUCUACAGUCUGGGAUCGGAUCCUCUGCAGCUCUGGGCAAAGCGUGUUGGACCACCACCAACGGCAUCCACCACCUCGUCUUCAAAGCAAACAUCGACAACCAGCAGCGACAGCACUUCACAAUCGACACCUCCACCAACACCUGUGCCCGAUCCACACGUUGAUUUUGUCGUCGAUGACACGCUCAACUCCCGGGUGCUGGAACUGAUAUCGACCCAUUUGCCCGCGACGUUUAUCACUACACCGUCUCUCGCCACCAGGACACUAGGCAUCAAGUUGCCGUUCCUUGUGUUUCUUGUCAAGAAUCUGGGGAAAUACUGGAGCUUCGAGGUCACGGUGCUGGACGAUCGUGGAGAGAAGCGCAGAUUCAGAGCGUCAAACUUCCAGGCCACAACGCGUAUCAAGCCCUACAUCACCACCAUGCCCCUGCGCAUGGAUCCAGGAUGGAACCAGAUCCAGCUCAACUUGGCAGACUACACAAAGCGGGCCUAUGGCACAGCCUAUGUAGAAACACAGAGGAUUACAGUCCAUGCCAACUGUAGGAUACGCAGGAUCUAUUUUUCGGAUCGACUGGUUCAAGAGAGCGACCUGCCUGCAGAGUUCAAACUGUACCUGCCCGUAGUAAAGUGAUGCUUUUGUUCAAUAAAUAUGCUUUAUUACACAGAGAUUUAGUGGGUAUACUAUGCUGUAGAGUGCUUUAAACAAGAGGCUUCAGAAAACGCUCCAUCUCAUACAGCUCGAGUAAGUCUGGAUGCCUGGAAC